CCUGCGGUCCCCAGCCUGAGCCCGGCUAUGGCCCCGCGCGGCGUGGCGCCGAUCCUGCCGCUGGCGCUCGCUCUGACCGCCGUGGCCGCGGUGUCCUGGGCACGGGGACCGUCGGGCACGCUCUGGUCCCGGCAGGGCUGCGCCGCGCUGGGCCGCUGCUGCCCGGGCCGUGACCCGACCUGCGCGGCCCGCGGGCCCCCCCGCUGCUUCUGCGAUCAGGCGUGCAGAGAGGUCCGGGACUGCUGCCCCGACUACGCGCGGGCCUGCCCAGGUGCGCCCCCAGGAGCACGUGGCAUGGGCGGAGCUCCCAGCGCGGAGGGGAGCAGGGUACCGGAGUGCGACGGUACAAGGAAGAGAGGAAGCCGCCCUCGGAGGGGGUUCUGGACCUGGAGGGGCGCAAGAGCAAGGGGGACGGGGACGCUCAGGACACCAGGCGAAGAGUGGGGCUGGAAAGCGGUCUCCUGCGUCGUGGCAGAGUGGAGCGGCUGGAGUCGCUGUGUCAAGCCCUGCCAGGUCUCUUACCGUCUCCGCCAAAGGCAUGUCCUGCAGGAGCCAAGGAACGGGGGUGCUCCCUGCCCCCCACUGGAAGAGCGGGCUGGCUGCGUGGAGUACUGGAGCCACCAGGGUGUGGAGUGCCAACAGUCGUUGCUCCCUGCUCUGAUAACCACAGGCAGCUACGGGAAAGAACGAGAAAAGCGAGGUGUCCCCAAGAAGCAGGAGACAAUAGGAGGCUCAGACUCCAAGUCUGAGGGCUGCCCUCCAAGAGCUGGAAGCUGGACCUGCAGCAGCUGGCUAUGAGGUCGUCUUCAUCCUGCCACCGUGAACAGCAUGCCUUGUCAAUGUUCACUUUCUCUCCCUCAACCUGCAGUGUUGGGAGUUCAUACCUUGGAGCUGCUUUCCUAGCGUUAUAAGCAUCAUUCUGAGGGAAGGGCGUUCUGUUCCUUAAAUAGUCCAGUUCAUCCCUGCCUCAGGGCCUUUGUACAUGCUGCACUCUCUUCCUGGAACACUCUUUCCCUAUAUAUUUGCAUGGCUAUCUGCUUUUUCUGGUCUAGCUCAAGUCUAGUCACCCGUGAGAGAGGCCUUCCCCGACCACCCUAAGUAGUCUCUGCCCUAAUCCCUCUGCUCAUACACAUUCAGCUAUAUUAUCUCCUUCCCAGAACUUUUUUGUUGUCUGAAUCCCAGAGGACCUGGUCUAUCUUGGUCACUGCUGUACCCCCAGUACCUACACCAUUGCCUGGCACAUGGUAGGUGCUCAAUAAGAAUUGUUGCCUAAAUGAAUGACUGAGCUCGUUAACUCUUCAUGGCCACCCUGUAAAGCAGGCACAGGAGGGGAAGCGACAGCUUAAGGUCACGUAGCAAAGAAGGGGCAGGAAGGGAGGUGGGAACCAGGUGCCCUGCUUCUAAGCUUCCUGUGGCUCCCCGGUGGGAACAGGAUAGACAUGUGGACCUUCGGGCACACCCAGCCACCCAGAAGGGGUCAAGUAUGAAGCAAGGCCCAGGGAACAGCUUCUAAGUAUGGUAAGAGUAAGCCAGCCCAGCAGCCAGGAGGUAGGACUGUUUAUAGGAGCUGGAGACCAUCGCCAUGACAACUGGACAGCCUACAGCUUCCAGCUGUCACCAGGGAUGCAGAUUUGCAUUUGGCUGGGAUGCAGUGAGGACAAUGGGGAUGGGACUGGCAGAGGGUGGGGACUCCACACAGCCAGUCUGGGGGAAGGAGGUUUCUUUUCUGAGAGUUGCCUAAAAACUGAAAGGACUUGGUGGCACAAUAUAAUUGUGUGUGUGUGUGUGUGUGUGUGUGUGUGUGUGUGUGUGUGUGUAGGAGAGUCUGGGCUAUGUGGAGCCAGGGUGCUGGGUUUGAAUCCCAGCUUUGCCUACUUCUGCACUGUGACACCUUGUGCAAGUGAUUUAACCUCUCAGUGCCUUGGUUCCUUCCAAUGUAAACAGGGGAUGGGCAAUAGUAUGGAUACCUUAUGGAGCUGCUGUGAUAAUUAAAUGAAAUAAUACUCUUACAUCACUUAGGAUGUAUCUUGCAUUGUCACUAAGUUCUAGAAAUCACCUUUUGAUACAUCCGACUUUUGAUUGCCUUUCUGCUGGGGUAGUGGGAAAUUUGGUCUCAGUCAUUCUCAGGGAUCCCCACUUCCCUGGCUUUAUUCAUUCAUUUAACAAAUAUUUAUUGAGCACCCAAUCUGUGUGAGGCAAUGUUUUAGAGGCUGGGAAUACAACAGUGAACAAAGCAGACAAAAAUCCCUGCCUGCAUAGAGCUGGCAUUUUAGCAGGUAGACAUUAAAUAAGAUAAAAAGGAAAAAUACGUACUAUGUCCGAUGAUUUUAAAUGUUCAGGAGAAAAAAUAAAGCAAGGUGAUGGUGGGGGGGAUAUGGACUGUGGGUGAAGGUUUGCACUUUUAGACAGUGCUAGGGUGUCAGAGCCUCGUUGAGAAAGUGACCUUUGAGCACAGGUUGAAGGAGGGAAGAGAGGGAGCUAUGUGGUUAUCUGGGGCAAGAACAUCCCAGACAGAGCAAACAGCAAGUGCAAAGGCCCUGGUGCAGGAAAGUGAGCAUGUAUGAAACCAUAUUGUGCAGUUAUAUCUCUCGGCACGUGUGCAUGUAUGGUGUUACGUGGCACACAUUUAGUGGUAGAUGGGUGGUUGUGCCGUGGAUGUGGAUGUGUACACAUGGAUGGAGAUGUGCGUACAUGUUUGUUCACACAAACAUGUGGCUGUGCUUGGCCACGGAUGCUGUGCCCACACAAUGCAGGGGAUGCCAUCCAUGCAGAUUACAAUGCGAUGGGACCUCCUGGGGCUGUGCCGCGCAGUGGCCCUGUGCAGAUUUAUGAGUAAAUAUUGAAACAUAAAAACAUGUCUGUGAGAGUAAAGUCAGAAAGAGAAAAACAAAUACCGUAGGCUAACACAUAUA